AUGCGGAUUAAUUCAAUUCUUCUUCUAUUGGCCAUAGGCUUAUUAGGCCCUUCAAAUUUGGUAGUUGGGGAUGAAUAUCCGGCAACUUCAACAUUGAAACGUUUCUUCUACCGACACUUUUUUGCGGAUAACUCUGCCUCUGAACAAACGCGUGCACCAAACUUUCAAGAAGGAACAGUAUAUCACUACAGUUAUGAUGCUCAAGUUGAGAGUGGUUUGAGUACUUUAGACGAAUCUGGCACAACAACUCAAACAUCUAACAACGGACAGCAAGCUGUUACUCGUAUUCAAUCGCAAGUUAAGGUUUAUUUUGCAAGUCAAACACGUGCUCAGCUUUGCAUGACAAACAAUAGAUUUGGACAAUUAAACGAACAGACGAAACAAACAGACAGCAACCAAUGCUAUGAACCUUUAAGCACCUUUGAGCCUAAACAAAUACCCCAAGAACAGCGACAAAAACUUGAACUCUGUUGUCAAUUUGAUUAUGUUGAUGGAUUAAUUGUUCGAGUCCAAUUCGACAAACAAGAUGAGGCUUGGUCUAAGAAUAUGAAGAAAGGUGUUCUCAACAUGAUUCAAAUGAAUUUGAGGCAAAACAAUGCUCAGGAAUUAGCGACUGAGCAAUCAAGAAAUCAGCAGGAUAGAAACAGUGAAGAGAAUGAAGCAACACAAAUGAGAGACCAACUUGCUCAUUCUUUCACCAUCCCCGAAGUUACUGUCGAAGGAGAAUGCCAAACAACCUACACAAUCAACACAGUAAAUCCAUCUAAACGUUGCACGCAAAAAAGUUAUGAUGGAAGUAACAAACAACAGCAAAUGCCAUGCUCUUUCAAUGUAACCAAAUCCAUCAAUUUCAAGCAGUGCUCCAGAAUUGGCGAUAUUUCUGCUGGUUUCCAAACAGAACAACCACAGGCUCGCUGUGCUCAAUGUAAGAUGGAUUGGUACAAACAAAAGGAACGAGAUCAACAACAAACUGGGACGGCAGAACAUCCUUGUGCCAAAUGUGACCCAAAACGAGUUAAGGAAGAGACUCUGGAUAGACAAACAGUAAUGCGUGCAAUGCUUAAAUGUGGAAGUGAGCAACAGAUGAUCGAAGGGAAGCAACAGGAAACCCAAAAUAGCUGUCAGCUUGAUAGUUCUGAAAUGCGUUCCAUGUAUGUCUACAAAAACACUAAAACUGAAAGUGGCCCCUAUGGUUCUGCAAUGCGUACUGAAGUCUGCGCCAAACUUCAAUUACGUUCUGCCCAGUCAAACCAAGACCAACAGGUACCCACACAGACAUUGGACAGCGACGAGUCUUUGGUAUACACAGUCCAGACGUACACAGACUUUGCACGCUUCUAUAUGUUUGGAGAUGAAGAAUUCCCAGAUUCAACAAAUUCACCAUUCGCCUCAGUACCAAAAGUGGAACAAGCUAGUCAAGCACUUCGUGCUUUAGUUCAAAGUACUUUAGAUCAUCAUCAUGGCAUUGACACCAAACACACUAUUCAGUUGAGUAGAUUAGUUGAAAUUCUGAGGAUGUGUAGCUAUGAAGAUUUAAAGCAAAUUGAACAAAAUUCUCAACAAUACCAUCAUAAUCAACAACAAACUGCCAAACAAAUACUUGUUGAUGCAAUGGCUAUUAGUGGUACUCGAAAUUGUGUUGUUCGAAUGGCUGAGAUAAUUAAUAACCAAGAAGUCUCACCUCACAAAGCUGCAUAUACAAUCAGUCAAUUAACAGGAUUGCAAUCUCCAUCAAAUUCAAUUGUAAAAGAAGUUCAAAAACUCUGCCAAAGUGAACAAGUUAAAAAUCGACCAAUAGUUAAACAAUCUGCUUGUUUGACUUUUGGAGCAUUAGUUAAUGAAUUAUGUUCCCAAAAGAGAAGUGAGAAAACUCCAGAUUUAACUCAUUCAAUUCCGGAACAAUGUACAGAAGAUAAGAAGGAACAAUACAAACAAGUUUUGGUAGAACAAUAUGAAAAAGCAACAACUCUUCAAGAAAAAUUAAAUGCUUUAGCCUCUCUUGGAAAUGCAGGAAUUGACACUUCUACUCCCCAACUUGAACAAAUAAUUAAGGACAGAAGUGAACAUCCUCUUUCUAGAGCAAAAGCAAUUGAUGCUCUUCGCCGUCUAACAACAAAACAACCAAUGACUCUUCAACAUAUGCUUUUACCUAUUUAUCUUAACAAUCAAGAAGAUCCAAAUGUUCGAAUUGUUGCACUUCAAAUAUUAAUGAGAACACAACCAGAGCCAUCAGUAAUUGACCAAAUAAUUUAUACAAUGAGCCAAGAGCCAAAUAAACGAGUAAAAGCAUAUACAUAUCAAACAAUGAAAAUGGUAGCUAAAUCAAAGAAUCCAGCUGAUAGACAAACGUCCAAACACGUUAAAAAUGCAAUGCAAUCGGCUAACGUUGAUGAGCAACAACUUUGGAGUUAUGCAAAAUGGCAAAUCCCAGUUUACAGUCCCGAACAAGAGGAAGGAAUUUUCUUAACUUUGGCUACUGAAUAUUCACAACGUUCUUGGAUGCCAAGCUUGUCUUACAUGAAAAUUGACUCUUACUUCAAAGAUCAAUCAAAUGUUAAUGAUCUUGUAUUUUACUUAAUGAAAAAUCAACCAUUAUAUGGCCAAGAUUAUACAAAAUCUCGGAAUCGUCGAACAGUACCCAUUCGCGGUAUUGACAGAAGAAAAUUUGAACAAGAAAAUAAUGAAAAUACCCAGCAACUUAAAAAUAUGGAUAGUCAACUUGGAAUAAAAAGUCGUCAUGGAGGAUAUUCAUAUAAUGAUAGAUAUUCAAGAUCAGGACAGCAACAAGAACAACAACAACAAUAUAGCCAUAACAAUAAUAUUAAUGUUUUUUGUACAAGAAUUGGAGAUGUAGACCAUUCUUGUUAUGAAAUACAAAAUUCUUAUUUGAAUCAAACAACUCAGGAACAACAACAACAAACAUCAUCAAUGCCAACACUUCCCCCAAUGUUUACAGAAUUAAUUCAUUCAAUUCAAAACAGAAGAAAGCCAAGUUUAGCAAAAAUGUUUUCUGAAUUAAAGCAAUUACAACAACAAAAAGUUCGCCAAUACACAAUUGCAUCAAUUUUAAAUGACAAAGAAGCAGUUGUUCCAACUUGUGUUGGUCUUCCCCUUGGAAUUGCAAAUUCUGUGCCAACAAUUUUAAAUGUUGAAGGAAAUGUUAAUUUACAACAAAAUACAGAAAUGGGAGUGAAAGUACAAAUUAAUGGACGUAUAAUGGGUGGAAUGGCACAUAUACAAAAAAUGCGUUGUUGGACUCCUUUCCUCGUUUCUGGAGUUAAAUCUAUUCGUUCAAUUGAAAUUAAUAUUCCGACACAAUUAGACAUUAAUGUCCAAACAACAAAUAAUGGAAAACAAUCAUUAACUAUGAGUGUUAAAUUGCCAAAGGAAAAGACUCGACUUGUUGGGGCUCAUUCACAUCCAUUUGUCUAUACAGCUGAUGUUGAUCCAAAAACUGAAAUAGUUAUUGAACCGAGAAAAGUUAAAACAAUUACAAAUCCAAAAUUGGAUAGAUUACAGUAUCAAAUGAAUACUGUAUUUGGGGGAAAGAAUUUGGGUAUUCCAGUUAAUGUACAUACUCACUACCACUGGCCUUCAUCAUCUGCUAAUGUUGAACAAAUCUGUAAAAUGUUAAUGGCAACAGAAAAUGCCAUUCACGUCACUUACCAACCACGAGGAGAAGAAUCUGCAAGAGAAGUUGUUUUCCAAAUGAAUUUAGAAAGUUUCCAACCAACAAAUAAUUAUCAAUUAAAAAUGAAUGAUUUUUAUUUAAAUAAAUUCAAAAAUAUUGAGAAUGAAGAAGAAGAAGGAAAUAAUUAUGAAGAAGAAAAUGAGCAAAAUUCUAAAAGAAGACACCAAAAAAUGUCAAAAUUCUUAUCAAAUUAUUCCCAACAACAACAAAAAUAUUAUAAACAUAAUUUAGAAAUGUCUGCAAAAACUGUUGGAGGCUUAAAAGAAUUUAAAUUCCAAACAAAAUUAGAAGCAAAAUGUGAAGAAGGGAUGCAAACAUGUCAAUUAGAAAUUCAGGCAGAAAGAAGUCCAAUAAAUAAUGAACAACAAAAAUGGACAUUAAAAGCUCAAGCAGAAAUGGUUAUGCCUGAAAAUAAUGAAGAAUUUAAUGAAGAAGAAGAGGAAAAUAAAAUAAAAAAUAAUUUAUUUUCUUGUAAAGCAAAUUGUUAUUGGGGAAGUGAUGAUGGAAAUAAACAAACAAUUAAUGUUAGAAUUAAUGGAGAACAAUCAUGGAGAAGAAUGGAAGGGAAUAAUAAUCAACAAAGAAUGAAUAAAGAAUUUGAAAUUAAAUUAAAAAGAAGGACUGCUUUUAUUAAUAAAUUUAAUUGUGAAGCAAACUAUACAAAUUUAAAACCGGCAACAAGAAAUGUUUUUGAAAGAGCUUUAGAAUUAGUUAAAUCAAAAUAUUUUUGGAAUACAAAAUCACAAUUAACUGAUCAAAGCAGAGAAGGAAAUCCGGCAAAUGGAGAGGCAUAUUUAAAUAUUGUAAUUGAUCCAAUUACUCAAAAACAUGCCAAUAUGACAGUCAAAACACCGGAACAAUUAAUUCGUUUCCAACAAAUUGAAUUGCCAAUUCAAAUGCGCCCUUUCCCUUUGUUGAGACAACAAAAUGUUUAUCAAAACAUUCAAUCAUUCGGCCAGUUUUUAACUCGACAGGAAGUUGAAAGUAGAGCUGAAUGUUCUGUUGAUGGACAAACUGUUGAGACUUUUGAUGAAAGAGAAUAUCGUUCACCUCUCUCAACAAAUUGCUAUUCAGUUUUGGCAAAAGAUUGUGGGGCAGAUUAUAUGGGAGUUCCUCGAUUCGUUGUUUUAAUGAAAGCUGUUGAAAGAGGAAAUAAAUAUAGUCAAAAGAAAUUAAAAAUAAUUUCCCCUCAAAUGGUUGUUGAAUGCCAGAGAGAAACACUAAAUAAUCACAAUUCCCCAAUUAAAUGUAAAAUUAAUGGAAAAGAAGGAAAUAAUCAGCAACAGCAACAAUUAAUUCAAUAUAAUAAUAACCAAAAGAAUGAUUUAAUAAUUAAUUUGGAUAAAUUGGCCGUUCGGUUUAAUGGAUACAAAGUUUGGAUUAAAAUAUCUAGUGAGUAUAAAAAUACUCAAUGUGGACUUUGUGGACAUUAUGAUGAUGCUAGUAAUGAUGAAAAUGAAUUGUUAAUGGCUAAUAAUGAAAUUGCUUCCUCCUUGACACAAUUCCAUCGUUCUUAUUCACUUUCAAAUAGUUAUGACAAUGAUGAUAAAUUGUGUAAUUCACAAGAACUUGAUAAAUUUUAUGAAGAAAAUUCUAAUAAAUUUGGAUAUUUAAAUGAAAUGGAGGAAGAGGAAAGAGGAGACGAAAAAGAAAAUAAAUUAUUCCAAAAUUGGGAUGAGGAGGGAUUUGAUGGAAAUUUUGAUAAAAAUGAAGAAAAUAAAUAUUUUUAUAAUGAAGAAUGGUAUGGACAAAAUGAGGGGGAGGAAAAUAAUUAUCAACAGAAAAACCAAUUGGGUGCAAAAAAAUCUGGAAAUCGAAAUUUGAAAAAAAGAUUUGUGCCAAUUUUAAUGAGAACAAAAAUAAUGGAAAUGGAAAAUGAUAUUUGUUUUUCAAAACAGCCAAUUAAACAAUGCCCAUUGGGUACUUAUCCAAGUGGUUGGGAAUUUGAAGAAGACGAAAAAAAUAAUUCUAAACAUUUUACAACAAAAAAUAUUCCAUUUAUUUGUUUGCCUCGUUCUGAUUCAGAAACUCGAAAUUUAUUAACUCAAUACAGAAAAUUAAUGAAAAAUGGAAAUAAUCAACAACAAUUGGAAUUAAAUAAUUACAAGCAACACAGUAUUGUUGAGAAAGUUUUGGAACCGAAAGAAUGUCGUCGACUUUAA